AGGUACCGCCGUCAACCUACGGUCGUGUCGUGUUAUAAACUUGUAUGCUGCACGUGGUGUGGUUGUCAAGUUGGUUUUUAUUGGAAAAUAUUUGUUUUUUUAAUUAAAACAUGGCAGGCCCAAGAAAGAAGAAGUAUCAGUCAGGUGAAGGAGCGCAGUAUUGGACAAGGGCGAAAGCCCUUAAAAAACUCCAGCUCUCUCUUAAAGAGUUCCGGCGACUUUGCAUAUUAAAAGGCAUAUACCCGAGGGAGCCCAGGAACAGGAAAAAAGCCCAGAAAGGAUCAAUGGAAAUCAAGACACUCUACAAUAAGAAGGACAUACAAUUUCUCAUGCACGAGCCGAUCAUUUGGAAGUUCAGGGAGCUGAAGGUGCAUGGGAGGAAAAUCGGACGAGCUAAGGCGAUGAAGGAGCAUGGUCUAGCUAAAAAACUAAUGUAUAAACCUUUACACAUCAAUCUAGAUCAUAUUGUUAAAGAAAGGUAUCCGACAUUCAUUGAUGCACUUAGAGAUUUAGACGACUGUCUGACUCUAUGCUACUUGUUUAGCACUUUUCCUUCUUUAAAACAUGUUCCGAGGGAUCAGAGCGCACUUUGUCGACGUCUCAUGCUCGAAUUCAUGCAAGCUAUAAUUGUAUCAAAGGCGCUGAGGAAAGUUUUCAUAUCCAUCAAGGGAUAUUACUUCCAGGCCGAGAUCCGUGGUCAACUUAUCACGUGGAUUAUGCCUCAUCCUUUUAGUUUUGAACCGCAAACAAAAGAAGAAGUGGACUUUAGGAUAAUGUCGACUUUUGUUCAGUUUUAUGUCGUUCUUCUUGGUUUUGUCAAUUUCCGGUUGUACCAUCUGCUUAAUUUGUAUUAUCCACCAAAAAUUCAUCAGAUUAAAGAUAUGGAAGGCGAGGAACUAGUAGACAAAGCUGUAUUAGAGUCUGAGAGAAUUGCAGCUUUAAAUAUCCCGAUUUGCACUGCAAAAGACACAGUUGAGGAAGAAGACGCCAACUUAGAUGCAUUUGAACUGGUUCAAGACAGCAAUAAUAUGAGUCAAGCUGAGCAAGCGUAUAAAGAAGCUGAACAAAUACGCAAGUUGAAGGUUUUAUUUAAAGGAAUGAAAGUAUUUUUAAAUCGUGAAGUACCAAGAGAGCCGCUUGUAUUCGUUCUUAGAUGUUUUGGUGCCGAAGUCUCUUGGGAUCGAACUCAAUUUGUUGGAUCAACUUUUGACGAAAACGACGAAACGAUUACUCAUCAAAUAGUAGACAGGCCUCAAAUAGACAAGCAAUACAUUUCAAGGUAUUAUGUUCAACCGCAAUGGGUUUUUGACUCCGUCAACGCAAGGGAGCUGCUGCCCGUUGAAAAAUAUUUCAUAGGCUGUGUUCUGCCACCUCACUUUUCACCUUUUGUCGAUACGAGCAGACCGCAAACGUAUAAUCCUUUUGAAGUUUUGGCUCAAGACGAAGAAACGAGAGAAGAAAAAGCAACUGACGCAGAAAACAAAGAUGAGGAGGAUGAAGAAGAUGAAAAUGAAGGAAGCGAGGAAUCUGAAGAGGAAGAAGUAAAAAAUAAAAAUUGUGAAGAACAAUUACGAAAGAAGAGAGAAUUGAUGACCAAGAAAAUGAAAGUAGCGCCUGGUAAAUUGUUCAAAGAAGACGAAGAAGCCCUUAAAAAGAGGAAAAGAGAGGAAUACAAGUUGAGGGAGAAGAUGGUGGAAAGGAAGCACAAAGCCCUUUACAAAAGCAUGAUGAAAGGCCGCGCUGAACGAAUGAGGGAUGUCAAAAUUUUGCAAAAGAAGAGGUUGCAAGUAAAUCAAAAACGUUUAGAAGCCAAACAAGAAAGUUAAUAAUAAUAUUUUACACACAAUAUAUUAAAUAAAUAAAUAUUUCCAUUUUA